GCCUUUGUUGACGAUCGUCCUUAGUGACAGCUAACAAGACUGUGUCGUUAAUUAUUUUUUGUUUUUUUUUUGAUAAUUUUUCGAAUAUUUAUUCGAAUUUGGUUAGAUACGAAACGAAGUUUAUCUUUUAACUUCAACUUUAGGAAGAAGAGAAAAGAUUUCUUUUCAUUUAGCUAUCUAACAAGCAGAAAGUAUUAGGAACAAAUAUGGCUUGUAGAUCUUAUCCUGCUGAUACCAGACUCCAAAGCUUCUUUGCCGAAGGUUACGAGAGGGAGCGUGAUGCAAGAAUGAAAUAUUACUUAGAAACGAAACGAGGAGCUGGCGGAGCCAAAGAUCAAUCAGAGGCCUGAAUCGCUCAAUGCAGACAUUAUCUUCCCUUAAUUGUUUUAUUAAUAAAACGCCAAAAGAGUUAUAUAUUUGAAUUGUACUCAGCGUAACACGCGCCUGAUAAUCAAUAAUUGAAAUGUAUUUUCUGUUAGAUGCAAAUCAGAGGAACCUUUGGAGGAAAAGGAUUACCUCAAAUUGAUCCUAGACAAUUCGCUAUUGCCAAAUUUAAGAAAGAAAAAGAAGAAUUGGAAAAAUACGUGGCGGAAAAUCGACUAGAUGCCUCCCAAAUGAUGUAUAAGCCUCGCGAGCAAGUUAAAGGACUACUCUACGAGGGAUUCUCCAAAGAAGGAAAAGGAAGGGCAUCCUACCUAAAAGAGAGGAAAUUACAGAUACCUGAGAAGAAGUAUGAAUUUCCCGUCACUUCCUCUUGGAAUUAUGGUUGGAAAUUGGACGAAUGCUUUGCCUUGAAAAGACCAACACACGCAAGAUCUAGUAUGAUAAGGGACAAUUUCUUUACAAGAAACGGAAUUCCAACAAUGCGAGAACCAAAUGUCCCUCCACCCCAUGGAAUGGAGAGAUCAGUAACUUGUGCAAAUAUUAACAUGUGUUAAUUUAUGUUGAUUAUCAUAUUUGUCCCUCACUUUUUAUUAUAAAGAUAAAGAAAUACUGCAUGCAAUUUCAGUUUUAUAAGUCAUAGACUCCACCAUCUUGCUCUCUCUCUCUCUCUUGCCCUCUGUCAAUCUUUCUUUCACUCUGCUCUCUUAUCCACAGCAACAUAUAAUUUUUUUUCGCCUUUUCACAUUGGUCCUCUUUUCUUCUAUUCUUUAGCUUUAUCCAUUAGAUAUCCUUUUUUUUAUUUCUUUUUUUUGUAAAGGAAAAAGGAAAGAAAAGCAGCCGCAAUAUUGUAAUAGCAUUCAUUUAUAAAUAAAAAGCUAACCUUUCCGAAGAAUACAAUGAUAAAUUCAAUCGAAAAAAUACCCUAAAGUAGUUUUACUCUUCACUUACGGAAAUUAUUGGAUGAAAUAAAAUAGAUUCUAUCAUUCUUUAAUCGUUGGCUUAGUUAGGCCUAUAAAAACUGAAGUAGUGUAGCUUUGCAACUUGAAAUGAAACUGAAUUUUAUUAUUUUUC